CACGUACUCUGCGUUUAUCAAUUCCCAAUUUCUUUUUACUUCUCAACUCCCACCAUGGCUCCUCUCGCUGUCAACAUUAAACAUUCCGGAAAAACUCACAGCGUUCAGCUCGAUCCUGAGCUUCCACCAAAGGCCUUCAAAGAGGCUGUCCAUCAAGCGACUGGCGUUCCGUUAGAUAGAAUGAAGAUUAUGGUGAAAGGAGGAGUUCUGAAGGAUGACUCGAACUGGGCGAAGAUUGCACCAAAAGCUGGACAAACGUUUAUGGUUAUCGGUACGGCUGGUGAAUUGCCCAAAGCACCCGAAAAGCCUAUCGUGUUCUUGGAAGAUAUGGACGCCGAAGAGCUUGCCAGUGUAUUGGAUAGACCUGUUGGAUUCGUCAACUUGGGCAACACGUGCUAUAUGAAUGCCACUGUACAGGCUCUCCGAGCGAUCCCCGAACUGCAAGCAUCAUUAGGAGUAUCUCAAGAAGGACAGCCCUCGACAUCAGCUGUUCCGAGCCUCAGCGGUUUACCUGCAUCUCUUCGUGGCUUGUAUGAUAGUUUGACUCGCACGACAGACGCAGUCAAUCCUACCGGGUUUUUGAAUGUACUUCGGCAGGUAAACCCUCAAUUCGCAGAACGCGACAGAAGCGAAAAAACUGGUAUGAUGGCGAUGAUGGGUGGGAGGUAUGCACAACAGGAUGCGGAAGAAUGUUACUCCCAAAUCUUGAACUCGCUUCGAGAGCUUGAUGUACUGGAGGCACUGGUACCAGAACCGGCCAGAAGCGGAAGGAGGAAGUUCAUUGAACAAUACAUGAUGGGUGAAAUCCGCAGAGAGCUGUCGUCCCCUGAAGCCCCGGAGGAGCCGCCAACUGUUGCGACAGAGAAAAUCAUGAAGAUUGAGUGCAACAUCACCGCUCAGACGAAUUACAUGCAUUCCGGUAUCCUUGGUGCCUUGAAUUCGACACUCACAAAACAUUCUCCUUCCCUUAAUCGCACCGCGGAAUAUGUACAGACAUCGAGGUUGACGCGUCUUCCGAGUUACCUAACAGUACACAUGGUUCGAUUUGCUUGGAAAUCCGAUGUACAGAAAAAAGCGAAGAUCAUGAGAAAAGUCAAAUUCCCGGAAGUCUAUGAUGCUCUUGAUCUGGUUACACCCGAACUCAAGGAGAAGUUAUUACCUGCAAGUAGGAGGAUGCUAGAAAUCGAGAAGGAACGUGCCGAGAGACGAAAGGUCCGGAGGCGGACGAAGAAAGUCCAGCAAGAGAAAGAGACUACAAAAGCUGCUGGGGACGCUUCCACGGACUCGGCUACGCCUGCGGCUGGGAGUGUUGCUGACGCUCCGGUAGCUGGAGGGGAACUAGAGGACGAAAAUGUCUAUCGGGAGAGGGAGAGGGUUGAAUUGGAAAAAUUGAUUGAUCCGUCUGUGAAGAAUGAUGUCGGUGCUAGUUGUAACGGUCUUUACGAGUUAGUUGCUAUCGUCACACACAAAGGCGCUGCAGCUGACUCUGGCCACUACAUCGGCUUCGUGAAGAAGAGUGUAUUCCAUGGUCCUCCUUUGAAGUUCCCCGGGGCGGGUUCGGGUACAUCGCCUUCACCAUCUAACCCUGAUCCCAACGCUAUGGAUACUGAUGAGCCCGGAUCUGGGUCAUCAUCCAAGAAACAAGAUUUGGAUUUGUAUGCACAUGAAGACGAUGAGGAUUGGUACAAGUUUGACGAUGAGAAGGUUUCGGUGUUUCCGAGAGAGAAACUUGCAACGUUGGAUGGAGGAGGAGAGGAUUCUUCGGCGUAUGUGCUGUUAUACAGGACGAAGUCUGCGUAAGUGGCGACCGGGAAGAUCAUUGUUUCUUCCUUUGUAUGUGUCACGCGAGAUCGUGUACUUAGGAGGCCGGGAAAUCAGAGUACGUUGCUUUACAUCGCAAGUUGUUGUGGACCAUCCUGCGUUGUGCAUCUGCAGUACAUGACUUUACUUACAAGCUUAUGACCCGGCCCUUUGUGCCGAGUUUUUGCAUGUUUAUACACCUGCUUGACUUGCACUCAGC